AUUUCUACUCCUCUACUAACUGUAAUGCUGCUGUUCAUCUGAGGACAGGCAGGCAGGGGAUUUGCAUACUAUGAAAUUGGCAAAAUAAUCCAAAUCCAAAUGUUAGUGCUUAUGGAUAAUAGAAUCCUCUCUAGCACAUUAGAAACCGGACGAGCACACAUUUGCAGUGCACAGACUCAGCAGCGGAUGGUGUGUCCAUGUGAAGGACUCGCUGAAUCCCAGCGCCUCCAGCUUCUCGUUCAGUCUGGUCCACAGCUGUCUCUCUUUCUGAGAUGUCUGGCGCUGACGGUCCAAACGGCACCGCUAAGUUUCCAGUCCCGAACUACGAAUGGACAUAUGAAUAUUAUGACGACGAGGAGCCGGUGUCUUACGAAGGGCUGAAGGCAGACCGCUACUCCAUAGUGAUCGGCUUCUGGGUUGGCCUGGCUGUCUUUGUCAUCUUUAUGUUUGUUCUGCUCACGCUUCUGGCAAAGACUGGAGCUCCACAUCCUGACAGCGGUCAGCCAUGUGAGAAGCAGCCCCGUCUGCUUGGCUACAUGGACACCAACCUCAACAAUGGAGCCCCUCCUUCCCACCCUAGUGCUCUGGCCUCGUCCUGCUCUCUCUUCCAGUGCUACGUUUCCACUGAAGCUCAGGUGAGCUCCAGAGCCCUUUGGACCACAGCCGGUGGUGUGGAUGUAGGAGAAUCAGGAGGCUGCCAAAGGAGGCCCAGCAGCAGUCUAGAAGUAGGGGACGGGACACUCCUGCAGGAGCUAGCAGUGACAGGUAAUAGGACGGAGAAAGAAUACAUCCUGCCGGCCCACUUCAGCAUCCCCAACUGUGUGAACUCUGAGCAGAGCUCAACUGCAGGGGAGGACGACCUACUGCUGGGAGAGCCACUGCUGCCAAUCAUUCUGGAGGGGCGGGAUCAGAGCAGUAGGAACCAUAAUGAACACAUGAAUUUCACAUAAGCCUGGAGAGUUGAGAGCAGCUACUCAUCAAACGUCAAUGUCUUUAAUGCUGUGUUUAGUUGGUCUGAAAAGCUGCAGACCUUACAUAAUGAACCGUUAUGUUUUCAUUACCUUCUGCAUACACCGCAGGCCCUCGGCAUGUUGCGCCGCCAUGUUUCCACAGUAGCCCAAAUGGAGAAACAGUUCUACAGAGCGCAUUUCGUCACUAUGAUGAAUUCAUACCAAAAAGAAGAAGUAGCGUUAGUAUUAGCAGUCGACUGGUUUAUUAGAAGUAAGAAAAGAAGAGAAAUAUAAAAUUUAUUUAGCUCGCUUGCAAAUGGAGGGGUGAGCGGUGACUGAUGGAAUCUUUUUUUCCUCCUUAAAUUUUUAUUGAAAAAUAGAAAUAGUGUACAUGGGACAUCAAGAAAUAAAAAGAACUUUGAUUUGUGCAAAAUCACAUAUUGCAUAUACAUGUAAUGUGGUUAUAAAGGUUAGUUUGCUGUUCAUGUACAGUGAACUAAACAUAUGCGUGUUGUUUAUAUGCUCUGAUAAUGUUAAUCCAACACAUCUUUGUAGCAGCGUCCAUGUUGAUUCCACAUUCUGACUUAAGAGCACAUGAACACACACUGAAGUCAGAAGAACGACUUCACCGCUCGGUAAAUGGGACCAUCAUGAAUGCACCACGGUGCUGCUGGUUGCAAUUCACAACCCUCACCACUAGAUACCGCUAACACUUACACGCUGAACCUUUAAGUUAUCCAUACAAGAUCCAAGGUACAUAUAUACAAAUAUUUAAAACUAGAUUAGAAUAAAAAUAAAUAUUAAAACAUAAUACAGUUACUCAUAUUAAACAAGUUAGUGGUAUGUCAAUGUGCAAAGCAUAAAGGUUUCAUGUCAUUUAUUUAUAGUGGAGUUGAGGAGUCUCACAGGCUGAGGAAAGAAGCUGCUCUGCAGUCUGGUGGUACAGCAGCUGAAACCUCUAUAUCCCAGAAGGCAGCAAGGUGAACAGGCUGACCUGGGUGGGUACUGUCCUUUAGGUUUUACAAAUAUAGGAUUUACUGAAUGGGAUAGUUGAAGGUGAGACAGAAACGUCUAGCAGGUAGUAACUCUCAUUGUACAGCCCACAUUUAAUCACCAGGAUAUUUAGUUGCAGAGUCAAGGAAGUGCAAACAACAGCAGGACAACUAGUAAGACCUGACUUUGACUUUACACAGACUUAGGGCUGGACGAUAUGGGCAAAAAUGUUAUCACGAUAAAAAGUUUCAUAUCUUUCGAUAUCGAUAAUUAUCACGAUAAGUAUCAAAUCGUUAAUGCUUUGGAGUUUAAGGGCUGAUUUUAGCUCCUGAGUGAAAGUUGAAGAAACCUGAUGGUUAUUGUGGUUUAUAGUCAUCACUUGAGGCCAAACAGCAGAUCACUUCACAAAUCUGAGGUAGAACAUUCAAAACUAUUAUGAUAAAAUCUUUGUCAACAAAUAUGCGUGAGUAAAUUAAGUAAUAGCUUUUAUCAGUCCUUUUUCCUCAACAAAAUAAAAAUCUUAAUAAAAAAAUUAAGUCCUAAUUAGUUUAUU